GUUAUUACGUAGUUGACUUCAAAUAAUACCUACACAUUUAAAGUCGAAAGCAGACUUCAUUUUCUAACAAUUCAAUGGUCAUGCUAAUUUUUCAGUCCAAAUUGUAUCUUUAGAGGUUCUCUUCUGUUCAGAACAUUUUGAGCAAUACACUCUUUGUUUCAGUUCAAUAUAAGAGUGUACUGAUUUUAUACACUGCACUGAAAAUAAUUCAUCUCAAAAGUGCGUACUACUUUUUGCUAUCAGCCAUCAAUUAUUUUCAUUUUUCAGUUUUUUAGUAAUUUCUAACCAGAAUCUCAACAUUUUAAAUCUUUUUACACUGACAAUUUUCUGCUGCUUCUGGGAGAAAAAAAUGGCUUUGCAGCGAAAUCAUUUUACGAAAAUAUUGUCAGUUGUGCUGACACUUUCAUUUGUGGGAAUUAUAGCAAUGACAGUUGCAGAAAUGGGCAUGUUUUUCCCAACCGAAGCCAGUGAAAAAGGCCUGUCUGAGUCUGCCAUUGGUCUUAUUGCCGGAAUCCAGGAUGCUUUGGGAGUCAUUUGCGGAUUUAUGAUAUCAUAUUUUGUCCACUUAAAGACUAUGACACUCAUUCUGCGAGUCAAUUAUUUCGGCUACGCAUUGGCCAUCUUCAUAUUCGGUUCGAGCGUGUUUCUAGAUUCGAAAGCGCUCUUCAUUACUGUUGCAGCCCUUUCGCAGUUCAUUAUGGGUGUGACUUCGACGGCCUUAGCUUGCACUAUCGCUCCCAUACUAUUCGCUCUUUACCCGCAACAGCGGGGUCUGUUGUCUACAUUCAACCAGGCCUUUUCUGAAAUAGGCUCUAUUGCUGGGCCUCCUCUAGGUCAGUUUUUAUACAACUUAGGAGGGUUUUCUGCGCCUUUUUUCACCACCGGCUCGGCUGCAGUGUGUUUUGCGACAAUGAUGGCUCUGUUUUUGUUGCCGUAUUCAAAUGAAUCAAUCGAGAGUCAAAACAAGGAUGACGACAAGGCUGCCGAACUCACACGAUUGGCAGAAGACGUAGACGAAAAGAGUUCUUCCGAAAACGAAGAAAAAAUGAACAACCUUGACCAGAAAAAAACACCAUCAGACGAAAAACCCUUGAAACUACACAGACUUUUUCUAAAUAUUGAUGUAAUUCUGGGCAGCGCGCCUUUUAUUGCAAUCUCAAUCACUAUUGGGUUGCAGCGGGUCUUUUUAAACCCAAUCCUUCUGAACAUCUGCCAAAUUCCAGAAGAGAACAUGCAGUUUUACUUCAUGAUUAUACCUGCAGCAGCUAUAGGCGCUUCUUUCCUUGCUGGGCCGCUAGUUAAUAUCGGUUAUGUUUGGAGUUUCUACGUUACAAGUUCAAUUAUCGGCACGAUCGGCUGUUGUUUCAUGUGUGUUGUGGUGUUUUGUGAGUUGAGUCAUCUAGCUAAUCAAAUUCUGAUGGCACUAUCUUUGGUAUUUUUAGGCUAUUGUACAGCAGCAGCGUGGAUCUCGGAAAUGAUAGUUCUUGACAACAUGUUUGCCUUUUAUAGCCCAAUGGAUAAGGAUAAAAUGUAUCGAAUUGUAUUAUCAGUAUGGAACACCAGCAUUUGCUUCAAAGGGGGCAAAUGUUUGGGAUCUGCAUUCAUUGGCGGAAUUUUAUUUGACCACGGGGGUUAUGGUUCAGUUGUAAUAGUACAUACUAUUAUUUACGUUUCAAUGUUUCUUGGAUCUGUAAGAACGUUUUUUAAGUUUAGAAACUCAUUUUGAGCCCUAUACCAGACAAAAAAAUGAUCACUGUCAAAUUAACAAUUGAUAUUAACAAAUAAAUUAACAAAUAAUUAACAAAUAAUUGAUAAUAAA